CACACGCUCAACUCAACACCUAACCAAAAAGAAAGAAAAAAAGAAAAAAGAAAUAUAAAGCUCCUCCUGUUUUGCAUGCCCUCCUCUUAUUCUCGCUUCUCUUUCUCUCUCAGUUUCGGCAACUGAGACAACAGCCAGACGCCGAUCGUCCCCAAUUCCAUCCUAUAGAUACAGCUAGAUAUAUAAUUAUAUAUACUACACACAAUGGGUUGCACUGUGAGAGAGAAGCAUAUCCGUACAAAUCGUAGGCCCCGAUCUGCAAAACCCGAUUUCGAUUAUUGUUGCCACAUUGAUAGAGCAUCAAUCUCUAAAUCCAUACUCGAAUCGGGUCUCAAACCAUUCAAUCACCAUCUGGGUUCCAACAACGAUUCCACCCAGAACCCUAAAUCGAGCCCAAGCCCCAACUCCAAUUUCGAUGAGGGUGGGUGGGGUUACUGCACUGAGGAACAAUUAGAAGAAAUUCUUUUGAAGAAUUUAGAAUUUUUGUACAAUGAGGCUAUUUCUAAGCUAGUUGCAUUGGGUUAUGAUGAGGAUGCUGCGCUUAAAGCGAUAUUGAGAAAUGGGCACUGCUAUGGUGGCAUGGAUGUGCUGACCAACAUUUUGCAUAACUCAUUGGCUUAUUUGAAUAGUAAUUGUGGUAGCAGUAAUGGGAAGUCGGAUGAGGCUGAGCCCGUUUUUGCUGAUUUGAGGCAGUUAGAGGAGUACUCGCUUGCUGGUAUGGUGUGUAUGUUGCAGCAAGUUAGACCACAUUUGAGCAAAGGUGAUGCCAUGUGGUGUUUGCUUAUGAGUGAUCUUCAUGUGGGUCGAGCAAGUACUAUGGAAAUUCCUGUGCUUCCCGGAGGAGUUAAUGAAAAUAGUGGUUCGAUAUCUAGUAAUGUUGAGUCUGGUAGUAAUGGUAACCAUUCGGUUGGUGUUAUGGCUCCGGCUCUUUGUAGGUUUCAUGGUGGUUGGGGGUUUGGAAAUGGGGGAGGUUCAGAGUUUCCUGUUCAUGGGUUUUUCUCUUAUGGUGCUGAGUUGACUUUGCAAAGGGAUAUUGAGUGUCCCAAGAGGUUUAACCUUUCUCCUUCAAUGAAGUCAUUGUUGAAAAGGAAUGUUGCAAUAUUUGCAGCUGGUUUUCGAGCAAACUCAAAACAGUUAAAUGCACAACCACAGGCUUGCCUGAGUAAUUUGGCAAGUGGGGAUACCCCGGUUGCACUAGGGUCUGAAGUUCCGGUUCAGCAGUCUGAGAAAACACGAAAUUCGAAGAACCAGGAGGUGGUUAACUCAGUGUUGAGUAAGUUUCGUGAUUUGAAUCUUGAUGAGAAUUUAGAGUUUGUGGGGGAAGAUCAAAAGAAUGAGGUGAUAGUAAAUCUUCUUCAUCAGGUUGAAGAGCUUGAGAAGCAAGUUAAGGACCGGAAGGAGUGGGCCCACCAAAAGGCUAUGCAAGCUGCAACAAAGCUCAGCCAUGACCUGGCAGAGCUUAAAAUGCUGAGGCUCGAAAGGGAGGAGACUCAAAGGUUGAAGAAAGGGAAACAAACUCUUGAGGACACAACUAUGAAGAGACUAUCGGAGAUGGAGAAUGCAUUAAGAAAGGCCAGUGGUCAAGUGGACAGGGCAAAUGCAGCUGUGAGACGGCUUGAGACUGAGAAUGCAGAAAUCAGAGCAGAGAUGGAGGCUUCUAAACUGAGUGCAUCAGAGUCAGUCAUAACCUGUUUGGAGGUGGCAAAGAGGGAGAAAAAGUGCCUGAAGAGGAUGUUAGCAUGGGAGAAACAAAAAAUUAAACUGCAGGAAGAGAUUGCAGAGGAGAAAGAAAAGAUUUCAGAAUUGCAACAACAUUUGGCUCGGAUGAAGCAUGAUCAGAAAGAAGCUGAGGUGAAAUGGGGGCAGGAGCUGAAGGCUAAGGAGGAAGCCUUAGCACAAGUGGAAGAGGAACGACGUGCUAAGGAAGCAGCUGAGGCUAGUAAUAAACGAAAGCUUGAGGCUUUGCGCCUAAAGAUAGAAAUAGAUUUCCAGCGUCACAAGGAUGACCUCCAAAGACUUGAGCAGGAACUCUCACGCCUAAAAAUAUCUGCCCAGUCUACCGAAUUGCUUCAUCCAUCAAAUGCUUUGCCAAAAGCAAUUUCUGAGGGCGCAAAACCCCAAGGAGAAACUAUUGCUAAGCUGCUUCGUGAAUUAGAUAACCUGGAGAAUUCAUCAGAGAAAGAAGUCAGCUGUGAUAGGGAAUGCAUGAUUUGUAUGAAAGACGAAGUCUCCGUUGUUUUCCUGCCAUGUGCGCAUCAAGUUCUUUGUGCCAGUUGCAAUGAAGAUUAUGGGAAAAAAGGUAAAGCCACCUGCCCAUGUUGCCGGGCUCCCAUUGAACAUAGGAUUCGUGUUUUUGGUGCAAGUUCUUAGUUCUACCAGAGAAGGAUUCUGUCUUCUUCCCGAGUAUGACUAUUUCAGGUAUACCAAAUAAUAUACAUUUCUUAUUUCCUUGGUCAUUCAGGCUACAUGCCGAGCACAUCAGCAAAAUAGAUAUGUACUUAAAUAAAAAGAAAGCUCUUUUUCCAGCUUGUGUUUUUACAAUUUGGAGUGACAAGAACAUCUGUUUCUCGGUUGUUACCAUCCCGGUUUCAUUAGUGAAAUCGGCUAAUGCUUUUUAUAUAGUAACAUACAUUUGCAGCUCAACAAGGAAAUAAUUGAUUGUUAUGAUUGCUGUAAAAUGUGGCCGAAAUUUUUUUUGGAGCAUGUUAUAGGGCAGUAGUAUAUGGACUGGAAAUUUGAAACAGUGAAA